AUGGAAGAAACCGUUACGGAAGGGAAAAAUUUUAACGCGAGUGACGAUGAUGAUAAUUAUAAUCCAGUAUUGCACAGGAGUCUGGAACAUCCAACUUCGAAUUUGGAUACUUUAAUACAUUUACUUAAGGGAAACAUCGGCACGGGGAUUUUAGCCAUGCCGGACGCAUUUAGGAAUUCGGGUCUCAUAGUCGGAUUUUUCAGUACUUUAAUUAUAGGCGCCAUAUGCACGCAUUGCAUGCAUAUAUUAGUUAAAUGCUCUCACAGGCUAUGUAAAAAAGUUAGGGUGUCGUCUUUGGGAUUUUCAGAAGUCGUCGAAGCCGCUUUCGAAUACGGUCCGGAAUCCCUGCAACCCAUGGCGAAAGUCUCAAAGUCUUUGGUAAAUUUGUUUUUAUGCGUUACACAAAUAGGAUUUUGUUGCGUUUAUUUCGUGUUCGUCGCGGCGAACAUUCAAGAAUUUUUUAAACAUUACGACAUAAAUCAUUACAGGACAACUUAUUUACUUAUUUUAUUAGUGCCCAUGAUCGUAUUGAAUUUGCUUAAAAAUUUAAAAUUUCUCACGCCGGUAUCUAUUAUUGCUUCCAUAUUGACCGUGAGCGGACUCGGAAUAACUUUUUAUUACAUGUUACACAAUUUACCAAAAGCAUCAUCCGUUCGUUAUUUUUCAUCAUGGUCGCAGUUACCAUUGUAUUUCGGAACGGCCAUAUACGCUUUCGAAGGAAUCGGAGUGGUUUUACCGUUGGAAAACAACAUGAAAACUCCUCAAGAUUUCGGGGGUUGGACGGGUGUUUUAAACACGGGUAUGGUCAUAGUUGCUUGCCUGUACACCGCGAUGGGUUUUUUCGGGUAUUUGAAAUACGGUGAUGCCGUUUCCCUGGGAAGCAUAACGUUGAAUUUACCGCAAAACGAAAUUUUAGCACAGUUGGUUAAACUCACGAUGGCUCUCGCAAUAUUUUUAUCGUUCGGACUUCAAUUAUACGUUCCCGUCGGAAUAAUGUGGCCGAUAUUAAAAGAUCGACUUCAAUCGGAAAAUGCUCAAAAAUACGGAGAGUAUUUGCUCCGAGCCGUACUCGUUUUAUUUACUUUUGGUCUCGCUAUUAUGAUACCCGAUUUGAGUGCUGUGAUAUCAUUGGUCGGAGCGGGUAGCAGUUCGACUUUGGCCAUAAUAUUUCCACCCGUAUUAGAAAUAAUAACGUUUUGGGAUUCCGAUCUCGGUAAAUAUAAUUGGAUUCUAAUUAAAGACAUAAUAAUCAUCAUAUUCGGGUUUUUAGUUUUCGGUUUGGGAACGUACGUGAGCAUUUGUAACAUAGUAGCACCUCUCCAUUAA